GCACAGGAGUGGAACAGAGGCACCCGUACACAAGAGUUGAAGUUACAUGAGAGUGAUGGCAUUCUCCAUCUUCAAACUUCUUCUGUCAUCAUUCCUUCUCUGCAGUUUCUUGCAGGAACCCACCAAUGCCCUUAGAAAGACGUACAUUGUGUACUUGGGAGGACACUCUCAUGGUCCAGACCCUUCUCCCACUGAUCUUGAAACAGCAACAAAUUUCCAUCAUCAAUUACUCGCUUCUGUCUUGGGAAGUCAUGAGGAUGCAAAGGAAGCAAUCAUGUACUCUUACAACAAGCAUAUCAAUGGCUUCGCGGCCUUGCUCGAAGAGGAAGCAGCAGCAGAAAUAGCAGAGUACCCAGAGGUAAUUUCUGUUUUCUUGAGCAAAGAGCACAAAUUGCACACUACCAGGUCAUGGGAUUUUCUGGGACUGGAAAAGAAUGGAAAAGUUCCUGCAAACUCUGCUUGGACCAAAGCAAGAUAUGGUGAAAACACAAUCAUAGCUAACAUUGAUACAGGAGUUUGGCCGGAACACCCGAGUUUUAACGACAGAGGAUACGGGGCAGUGCCUUCAAAGUGGCGUGGGAAAGGUGUUUGUGAAAUUGACAGUUUCAACACUACACAAAAAUAUUUCUGUAACAGGAAGCUGAUUGGAGCAAGAGUAUUCCUGAAGAAUCGCGAGGCGGAAGGUGGGGAGAUUGAGAGAGCGUUCCGCAGCGCACGUGACUUUGUAGGGCAUGGGAGCCACACUUUAUCAACCGCAGGUGGUAAUUUUGUUCCUGGUGCGAACGUAGAACGUAAUGGCAGAGGCACUGCUAAGGGAGGGUCUCCAAAAGCUCGUGUCGUGGCCUACAAAGCAUGUUGGAAUAAACUGGACACAGGAGGGUGCCACGAAGCAGAUUUACUGGCAGCAUUUGAUCAUGCAAUUUAUGAUGGCGUUGAUGUCAUCUCCGCCUCUGUUGGUUGGUCCGAUCCCUACAAGGAAGCUCUGUUAACCGAUGGUAUUUCCAUUGGAUCAUUCCAUGCAGUUGCCAAAAAUAUUGUCGUUGUUUGCUCUGCUGGAAAUGAUGGCCCCUCACGUUCAUCCGUCAAAAACGUUGCACCUUGGUCUUUCACUGUUGCUGCCAGCACCAUGGAUAGGGAUUUCCUCAGCACCAUUUGUCUUGGCAAGAAAAAACACCUUCAGGGUGCCAGUCUUAAUCGAGGCUUGCCACGAACCAAGCGAAAGUUCUAUCCCGUUAUAUCUUCUGUCAACGCAAAACUUCGAAAUGCUUCCGUUAAUGAUGCGCGUGUUUGCAAACCAGGAACACUUGAUCCUGCCAAAGUAAGAGGGAAAAUACUUAUCUGCCUUCGAAGUGAUAAAUUACAAUCUGUUAAAGAGGGCGAACAGGGUAAACUUGCCGGUGCUGUGGCAGUUUUUGUGCAGAAUGAUGAGCAAAGCGGAAAUUUACUUCUGGCAGAAAAUCAAGUUUUACCUGCUGCAAGUAUAAGUGGAACGAAUACUAAUUAUGGCAAUGUUACAGGCGGCGGUAGCGGGAUGUUUGCCUACUUGAGUGCUGCAAAAACAUAUCUAAAUGUAAAGCCAGCUCCAAUCAUGGCUGGAUUCUCAUCUAGGGGUCCUAGUCUGGUGCAACCGUUGAUACUAAAGCCUGACAUAACUGGUCCGGGUGUGGGUAUAAUUGCUGCCUUUUCACAAGCCGCCGGCCCAUCUAAUCUUGCAUCAGAUACACGAAGGACUCUUUUCAAUGUGCAACAAGGAACCUCUAUGGCCUGUCCUCAUGUUGCUGGCAUUGCGGGUCUUCUCAAAACGUACCACCCAACCUGGAGUCCCGCAGCUAUCAAAUCUGCUAUUAUGACUACAGCUACAACUCUAGAUAACACGAAUAAACCAAUUCGGGAUGCAUUUGAUAAGGUAGCAACUCCAUUCGAGUACGGAGCUGGACUUGUUCGGCCUAACCUUGCAAUAGACCCUGGACUCGUUUAUGAUCUAAACACAACUGAUUACUUGAACUUCUUGUGUGCUUCUGGUUACAAUCAAGCUCUACUCACGUUGUUUUCCAAUUAUAAAAUCUCUUACAAAUGUCCCGAGUCUUACAGAAUCGAGGAUCUGAAUUAUCCUUCUAUUACGGUGCAUCAUCCUGCCUCAAAGCCUAUAAAUGUUACUCGCAUUGUUACAAACGUUGGGCCUCCAGGCACGUAUGUUGUGAAUGCUCAUGGGCCCAGGGGGAUAAAGGUUCGUGUCCUACCAACCUCCUUGACUUUUAAGAGAACUGGAGAAAAGAAGAGGUUUUGGGUUAUUCUGCAGGCAAUUGCAACGCCCCGUGGGUUACCUUUAUUUGGGAAUUUGAUUUGGACAGAUGGCAAACACAAUGUAACCAGUCCUAUUACAGUGUUGUAACCAUAUUAAUUACGCUCAUCUUUGUCAUUUGUUUGUGUUUGUGUUUGCUAUUGUUUAAGUGUCUUGUAGUUUUAGGUGUGUUUCCUACUCCUGUUGCAUUCAACUUUGUCACAAAAGGUAUGUUUAGAAUGUUAUGGUAUUGAACUUUGUUGCAUUGGAA